AUAAUGGCAGAAUCAAUUCUGAAAGAUGAACAGCAGGAAAAAUUUACUGAAAAUAUACACGAACACGAUAAUGUUUCAAAUUAUUUCCGACUGAAAAAUACCGGAGACGAAAUCUGUAAUGUAAAAAAAAAGCUAAAAGCUUUAAUUGAUACAAAUACUACUUUUUGCAGUUUUGAAUUAUUAUCUGUAAAUAAUGAUGAAUUUUACCAGAGAUUUAUCGCAGAGAUGAGUAAAUAUCAACCUCUCUUUUACGCAUUAACAUCGCAUACGAAAGACAAAGGACAUUAUCAAUCCCCAAAGUUGAAUAAUAUAUUUUCAAAUAAUAUACUUAUCCAUCUUAUUGCUAACGAUUUGACUCGCACAGAUGUAACGAUUAUUCUAAAGGAAGCUUUAAAAUGUGGCAUAACCAAUGUUUUUGCGUUACGAGGAGACUCUAUAACUGUAAAUGGUGAUUUUCCGCAUGCCAUUGACUUGGUGCGGUUUAUAAAAAGUCAGUUUGAUGAUACAUUUUGUAUAUGUGUUGCUGGUUAUCCAGAUAUGCAUCCAGAAUCUCCAUCUAAAGAAUUGGAUUUAUUUUAUUUGAAAGAAAAAGUUAAUGCGGGUGCUGAUUUUAUAAUAACUCAAAUUUGCUUCGAAGCAAAUGUUUUUAUUAAGUUUGCCAAUGAUUGUAAAGAAUUUGGGAUCCAUGUCCCGAUUAUUCCUGGGAUUUUUCCGAUCCAUAACUAUUCGUGCCUUGAAAAAAUAGCAAAAGUUUGUAACGUUAAAAUACCGAAGAGUAUUUUAAAUUGUUUACAACCCAUUAAAGAUGACGACGACAAAGUACGUAAUUACGGAAUUGAAUUAUCAACGAACAUUAUUAAAGACAUUAUCGCAAGUGGGACUACGUAUGGCUUUCAUUUAUUCACAUUUAACAGAAUAUCAUUGUCAUCGGAAAUAUGCAAGAGACUGAAUAUUGCUCACCAAGUAUUUUAAGGUAGAGAAGGUUUAAACAACAAUGAAUAAAUAAAAUUUUCAUAAAAAAUGUUAAGAUACACU